AUGUAUACAUCAGUCCCAGUCCAGUCGCGGUACGACUGUGAACUCCGAGCCCGUGCAGACAUCAAUAAGCGGGACUUCCGCUUUCACGAUCAUCCUGCAUUGUCGCGACUUGUGCAGCUUCACACUAGGGCUAAUUGGCGUUUUGAUCGGGCGCGGUACAAGGAGGCUGUGUCCGGGCAGCGUGUGGCACAGGGGACUGUGGAGAGAGAUCGGGCAAUCGCUGUUCUAGCUACAAAUAAUAAGGACCUGCAUGAUGCACUAUCCCAGCUGGAUUGGCGUGACAUUCGGGCAGUGAAGGGAGCUGAGGCUUCUACGGUCCAGACACUUUUUCGAUUGAAGGCCAACAAGCUGAAAUUAUGGAACUAUGUGCACAGUGACCGUUCUUGUCCACAUGGCGAGUGUCCCCGAGACGUACCUAUUAGCCUUCAACACGUCUUCUGGGAGUGCCCUAUUGCGAAGGCAGCAUGGAAAGACUUUGACAUUCGAUGGAGGCGUCUCGGCGACAACGUGCCUGCUAACCUUAUUGAAUCGUGCUUCAGUUUGGGCCUAGACGAUACGCCGACACGUGCGUGGCGAACGGUAUGUGAUCAUGUUCGUGCUGCAGGUACCGAGCAUCGUGAUGUUUUGUACGAGGUUUCCAGGAAUUUGUGGAGGCGGACGGUGGCGGCGACAAUACAAGCCAUCUGGUGUGCGCGACUUCGUCUCCGCCACGAGCCAGAUGCGCUUCAAUCGACAUUGCGGGCGGUAAUUUGCGUUACAGUAGACAAUGCCUUGCGCGAUUUGGUUUCAUUGAGUUAUAAAUUCGACACGGAUAUUUUAAAACUUCCGAAGAAUGCCGCUACCAGGGCGCUGGCUGAUCGUCUCAAGGGGACGAUUGACGGGACGAUUCUCUCACCACCGAUUCGAGACCGGAGCGCCUAUGUGCUUUUUUUUAUGGCGGCUCGCGUGGUAAUCCCGGUCCAGGCGGAUCCGGUUCGGUCAUGGUCUGUGUUGAUCUGGACACGCGAGCAUCAGAGAUUACCUGGGCGGCGAGCAUGUCAUAUGCGCAUAACAGCACAACCAACAACAUGGCGGAAUAUCGGGGGCUUAUUCAUGGCCUCCGUCACGCUGAAACUAGACAUCUCACACCAUUGUACGUGGUCGGUGACAGCUCUUUAA